AUGUCAGAGCAUCAAGCCAAUGGGAAGACAAUCUUCCUCACCGGGGCCACAGGGUUCCUCGGGAAAGUGGUUCUCGAAGAACUCAUACGACGACGCUACGAGUUGAAUGUGGGAAAGGUCAUUGUUUUGAUCCGUCCCUCCAAGCAAUCAACCGUCGGAAUUGCAACAAGAGAGGCCGACCUUGCUUCUCGCUUCUAUGGCGAGGUCGCAACGUCAAAGUGUUUUGCAAAACUACCUUCUGAUUGGACUCGACAUGUUCAGCCCGUUUAUGGAGAUCUGGGCCAGGCACACUGUGGGCUGGAUGCUUCUACCUACGAAAGCAUCAGUCGAGAAACCACUCAUAUCAUACACUGCGCUGCUUGCGUGCAGUUUGAUCUUUCACUCAGCGAAUCGCUCGACAUCAACUUGAAGGGAACACUCGCCAUUCUUCAAUUGGCUCGAAUGUGCCUCAAGCUCGAGCGUUUUGUAUACACAUCCACAGCAUACGUGACUCCUCACAAAGGAAACAAUCCAAUACAUGAGGUGUUAGCACCUCUGGGUCCUUGGAUAAGUGCUCAAGAGAUACUCGAUACUUUAUACUCAGGAUCGAUUAACGAGACGGAGCUAUUGAGACAGACCGGCCACCCCAACACAUAUACACUCUCGAAAUGCAUCACGGAGCAUAUUGUCUUGAAGAGCUGUGACAGCAUCCCAUUAAUCAUUGUACGCCCAAGCAUCAUCACUGCAGCGCUGGAACGUCCAUACCCGGCAUGGUCUGAUAGCGCCUCAGCCGGCGUUGGACUUGUGCUGGGUGUCCAAGAUGGCGGCGUCAGUGCUCUUACGGGCAACCCUACAGCAUUUGUGAACCUCGUUCCUGUUGACUUUGUCGCCGACUUUCUCGUCGACGAGGCCUUU